CAUAGUUGAUGUUAGGAUCGGCGAACCCUGUGUAUUUGAUUUUCAAUGCAGCAACGCAGGAUACAAUACAGUAUGUGACGAAACCACUUCUACAUGUUUAUGUGUCAAAGGAUUUAUAGAUAUUGAAGGACAUUGCUUACAAACUGAUUUAGAAGUCAAUCAAACCUGUUUGUAUGAUGAACAGUGUAAUGGAACUGCAAACUCAAGUGUUUGUAGAAGGAACAUGUGUGUCUGUAUGGAUGAAAAUUAUUUUGCAAACGGAACAUGUCAACCAUCUAAAAAAGAAUUGCCAACUGCUGAUACGGACACAUCAAAGAGUCCACAACCAUUUCAAGAACAUGGAGAUUCCAGCGUUACACACAAUGUUGCUGCUGUUAUUGGAGGAUUCGUGUUGGGUGUUCUGACAUGUCUUGCAGCUGUCUACGUAAUACAUAUACGGAGUAGGAGAAGGGAGCAAAAUCGAAACACUGAAGCCAAAUUUGUGAACAACAUCAGCUAUGAAAAAGAUUUGCCAACUAAUAUUCAAAAGGAUACAAAGAACCUGCAACAAACGAAAAUUUCACAUGUGAAACCUAUUAUCAAAGGGGAUCCAGAAUAUUCCAAUACACAUCAAGUAAAAUCAGAAACAAAUGAUAUUUACAAUCAUCUUAAUGAAAAAAUAGAAGAUGACACUAUGGAUGUUUAUGACCACGCCGUAACAGGAGCCUCUGGGAUGUCAAAUGAAGAAGAAUAUACACAUCUGAGUAGAUGAACAGGGAAUUAACGUAUCGCCAGCUGUCAAUC